UUGUACUCUGAAUCACUUCCUAUUAUCUCCUACUAAAUUAUUACUGCUCCUUCUUUCCAGGGGCCAGCUCUCAAAACCAGAAAUCAUGCUUGCUAGAUUUGCCUCCUAAUCUGAUGGUCAUAACUUGAUUGCUUCAUCAAAAGCAGAAUUCCCCCAAGGUGUGAUUUGUCAGGUAAUUUUUUUCAUGUGCUGCUGCAAGCAGCAAAUGGCUCCAAAAUGCUUUCUGUCAUGUGGCAGAACCCAGUCACGCUCUCUGCCAAGUGACCAAAUCAGCUUCUGCCCAAACUCUUCAUAAGUACGCAUGAAAUUGUAUAUUUUCUUACUAUAUCACAUGUGUGUUAUCAUGUGUAACCCACCCACCUUGGAAUGAGGUGCUUGCCUUCCAUCCACAAAGGAAAUUCUCAAUGUCACCACUUCAUAUGAACUGUGACACAAAAUUCCAGUGGCAUGCACUGAGAUUCUGUAUAGACAUCUUCUGGUCCACUACUCCUCUGUGUGCCUCCUCAAUCCCAUGGUUGAAACAAGCAAAGCCAGCAGUAUCUUUCAACAAACUACUCCAGAGAGGAAUCCUUAAUAAUGCUGUGAUUUAGCUCAUUUUCUAGAUCAUACCCUGUGAUGUGGGAUUGGAUUACAGCUGAACAAGAUUGGCUUUCUUGUUUAAGAGGAUGGAACAACAUGAGGGCAUUUAUUUCAUGGAUUUUCAGUGCCAUAUGUAGGGGUAGUAAAGGCUUUUUCUUCAAAGUAAUCCAUUUCCUAGGAAAUGAAGAUUUCCAUGGGAAGAAUUCAAUUUUCCUGAGAUGUUUUUAUUUUCCUGGGGGUGGGCAGGUGGAACACCAAGGGGGAAGGAGUUGGUGUUAGAUGCUCUCUUAAAGCACUAAGGAAACAUAGUGGGAGAAAAAUUUAGGAAACAUUUGAAUAAUUUUUCAUUUUAAGUUAGAUUCUAGGAGAAGAAUUGAGAGACCUAUAGAGUUUCCCUGGAAAAGUGAGACAUUCAGGAAUAAAAGGAACUUUAGAACUACAAGGAGAGAGUGGAAUAAAGGUAGAAUAUGGAGGUAAGAAAUAAAUUUCUCAUGUUUCUAUAGUCUGGUUUUCAAACUUUUACUAUAUUCUCCAAAAAAUAUUUGUGUUAGUGUCUGGUAUUCCUAUAGCACCAUUUCAGGAAAGGUGUGAGUUCCAGAAGUGUGAGGAGCAGAAAAAGAAACCAUCUGUUACAUAGGAGAUGAGCUGCCCAACAGAACUGGAGGGAGAAAUUGUCUGGAAUGAGUCACCAGCUUGUUGUUUUCUGUGGGUGAAAUACCAAGCCCUCUAUCUCAUGUUAUAAACAGCAUUUUUUCUUCUCUCAUUCUUUGCCUGUUCAUGAGUUUUGCUCCAACUUUAAUUUUACAAUGUUUACAUGUGUUUUGCCUGUGAGAACUGGGCUUUUCCCUCUGAACAGAAGAUGACUUUGGCAGCCCUGAGAAUUCAAAGCUUAUCCAAGUGUUCACUUUGGUCAGGGAUAAGGCACUCCCAGUUGGAUAAAUUCCCUGAACAAAUCUGCAGUGUGGCCUGUGAUUUCUGCUCUGGAAACCAAAUAUCUCUUUCACGUGGCAUCAGAUUACAGGAGAGCUGAGCAUCUUGGAGACAGGUGUUGUGCAGUCAUUUUGGUAUAAAUUAUUUAAUAACAGCCUUUAGUCCCACUUAUAGUAACUGAUGACUUGCAGAGACAAGUAACUGCUUUGGAAACAGAAGCACAGAUUUUGGAGGCUGAAUUAAAUAGACACAAAAAAGGUAAGGUAAAGAGAGGACUGUGCUUCAUUCAAAUGGCAUCUGUACAAAUCACAAAUUGGUUUGCAGGAACCUUCCAAGAAUAUUUCUGCACCAAAGCCUCUGCAAAAACUGCUCCUUAACUAGCUUCAAAUCAGCUGAGAUGUAUCAAUCAAAGCUCAUAAUAGCCAUAAAAACCGCAAUAGGUGAUGCUUGCUGAGAAUUCAUUAAUGUUUGUGUCCCUUCAGUAAAAUACAAUGCAGCUUCAUUUCACUGUGAUCAUCAGACCUUAACAGCAUCUUGUUUUUUACAUCUACCUCAUCUGGACUACAGAGAGAAAGAGUUUCCAUUGGUGGUGCAAAAGGACUAAUGUGCAUUCAGAGCUCUGCUGCCUACCUGGCAGAGGAAGGACUGAAGAUAGAUUAUCUAGAGCAUCCAUCUCUGGCCUGAGAAAUCAUGUUGCCUUACUCAUCCUACACCCUCAUAGCACUGGCUGCUUUGUUAGUGACUUGCCAUGCAUUGAGUAAACGCCCAGAAAUUUCUGGGCUGCCUGGUAUCCCUGGAAGGAAUGGUCUGAAAGGUCUGCCUGAUUCUCUGGCCAGCAAAUUUGCUUUAGCAAAUUUGAAGCACCGACUUUGCCAACUUGAGGCUGCGCUUGCUUUGAAUGGGAAAAUAAGAAAAGUAGGAGAGAAAUUACUUGCUAGCAAUGGGAAGAAAACUGACUUUGUGUCUGCACUGCAAUCCUGUGAAGAGGUUGGAGGAACUCUUGCAGCCCCCAAGAAUGAGGAGGAGAAUAAAGCUAUUAUGGACAUUGUGAAGCAGUAUAACCAAUAUGCUUACCUGGGCAUUAGAAAGGGGGAGAUUUCAGGUCAGGUUAAGUAUUUAAAUGGCAUGCCUCUGAGUUAUAGCAACUGGCACCAGCAUGAGCCCAAUGGCAAAGAGAAAGAGAAAUGUGUGGAGAUGUACACUGAUGGCACCUGGAAUGACAAAAAAUGCAAUAUGUACCGUCUCACAAUCUGUGAAUUUUAGAGAAUGGCCUUUCAGCCACCUCAGAGAAUGGAGAUAAUGAAGUAUCUGUGUUUCAGGUUGAUUAAAUUCCUGCAAUUUCUCUGUAUCCUAAAAUAUAAGAUGAAUCAUAUUGUGAUAUUUUUUAGCCUUAGGAAAAUGCCAAAUUUUCUAGGUGAUUAACAUGAUUAAAAUGUGCCUGAACUGA